UUACUGUUAUUUCACUUUUCAAUAAUAUAGAUGGCUCCAGUGCGUUCUCUAUUUCGUUCAUGUCCACUUUGCUUUAAGGUUGUGGUUGGCUUCAGUCAGCACCUUAGGCAAGUACACAACGUUCGGAACACUGAGGAGAGGAUUCUCCUUUGUAAUUGGCAGUGGGGCCGUGUCAAUAUCAGGCAGGAGCGGUGUCCAGUGACAGGAUGCUCCACCCAUGUCAGCAGGCUGGACCGGCAUAUGGACUCCCAUACAGAGCUCAACAGAGCACAGAGGAGACGGGCUUUAGAGGAGGUGAAGAGACGUCUGACAAUGGAGAGGCUGGCGGCAUUGAAGGCGUCGGUCCCUGCCAUCCCAGUGGCCACCGAUUUUGAUAUUGUGGAGACUGCGAGGCAAGAAGAAGAGGAGGAUAACUUUUUAGAUACUUUUGCAGAGGAAGAGGAGGAAGAGGGCUGCACAUAUGAUUACUGCCACUGCCAAGCACCACUUUUGAGGCUGCAGAAAGCUGUGAAAGAGAGGGAUGAGGCCCUGACCAAGAAAAGUGAGACCUUCCAAUCCAUUAGAGAGGACAACCUGAAGCUGAUCUCUGAGCUGCAUAGAGUGAGGAAGAGGUACCAGCUACUGAAAAGGCAGAUGGGGAUUCUCAGGGUGAGUCCGGCAAAGGAGAGGUCGGCAAAGAGGUCCCUCAGCUUUCAGGCCGAGGCAGACACAGCCCAAGAGGAGCUGCAGCUGGACCAAGUGACAGGUUCAGGGGACCAGACAGAGGAGGCUACAGCGUCCGGAUCUGGCAGCAAACUUAUCUUCCCGGGCUCUGCCAUCAGUGUGUUUCUUGAGGGAUUCAGGAAGACCUGUGAGGGCCCCAAUCCAAAUUAUAAACUAAGGGAAAAUUGUGCCGGAAAGAUCAAAAGGGUGACGCAAUUUUUGAACUACAUGGCGAAGGAUGAGACCUACCAAUCCAAUCUCAUUUUCCUGAUUAACCAUGACAAAAUAAGGGGGUGAAAGACAGCAAGGAAGCCAAGGUGGUUUCCAGAAAGACCCUGCUGGAGUGCCAGUCUCUUGCCAAGGCCAAGAUCC